UUCUAUGUCUCCAUAGAGAGGAGCACUCGAGGCACGAAGCCCGCGGGCCCGCUGGUUCUGCCCAGUCCUAGUAGGUGCCUGCCGAAGAUAGACAUGGAAAAGCAGAAGCCCUUCAAGCUGUUUGUACCCCCACGACUGAGCAGCAGUCAGGUGUCUGCUGUGAAACCUCAGACCUUGGGAGGAGAUUACAACUUCUCGAAGACUUCCAGCAAAUGUACAAAAGAUGAUUUUGGUUUUUCAUUUAUACCUAAUCUCUCCAAAAAUGGGGAAAACAUUGAUUCAGAUCCUACAUUACAAAAAAGUAGCUUUUUGCCCAUGCUUGAACAGGUUGCUGAUUCUGGCAGUUGCCACUAUCAGGAAGGACUAAAAGACUCUGAUUUUGAGAAUUCUGAGCCAAUGAACAGACUAUAUUUAAAGCUGUAUAAAGAGGCUGAAAAGAUCAAAAGGUGGAAAGUGAGUAUAGAAUUGGAAUUGAAGCAGAAAGAAAAUAAGCUGCAAGAAAACAGAAAGAUAAUUGAAGCACAGCGAAAAGCCAUUCAGGAACUGCAGUUUGAAAAUGAAAAAGUAAGUCUGAAAUUAGAAGAAGAAAGUGAGGAAAAUAAAGAUUUAAUAAAGGAGAAUAAUGCUACGAGGCAUUUAUGUGACCUAUUCAAAGAAACCUGUGCCAGAGCCACAGAAAAGACGAAGAAAUAUGAAUAUGAGCGGGAUGAAACAAGACAACUUUAUGUGGAUCUAAACAGUAACAUGGAGAAAAUGGUAAUUGCUUUUGAGGAACUUCGUGUGCAAGCUGAGAAUUCUAGACUGGAAACGCAUUUUAAAUUAAAGGAAGAUUAUGAAAAAAUCCAACAUCUUGAAGAAGAAUAUAAGAAGGAAAUUAAUGACAAGGAAAAUCAGGUAUCACUAUUAUUGAUACAAAAUGCCGAGAAAGAAAAUAAAAUGAAAGAUUUAAUAUUAGUGCUAGAGGAAUCCAGAAAUAAAAUUAACCAAUUGGAGGAAAAGACAAAAUUACAAGAUGAAAAGUUAAAAGAAUUAAAUGAAAAGAAGGAUCAUUUGACAUCAGAAGUUGAAGAUAUUAAAAUGUCUUUACAGAGAAGUGUGAGCACUGAAAAGGCUUUAGAAGAAGAUUUGCAGAUAGCAACAAAAAUGAUUGAUCAGCUCUCUGAAGAAAAAGAAGCUCAAAUGAAAGAAUUUAACAAAGCUAAAGAUGCUCAUUCUUUUGUGGUUACUGAACAUAAAACCACUAUCUGCACCUUGGAGGAAUUAUUGAGAACAGACCAGCAAAGAUUGGUAAAAAGUGAAGAUCAACUGAAAAUACUUACCGUGGAGCUUCAGAAGACAUCAAGUGAACUGGAAGAGAUGACUAAAUUUAAAAAUAAGAAAGAAGUGGAAAUUGAAGAACUGAAAAAAAUCUUGGCAGAAGACCAAGAAGUUUUAGAUGAAAAGAAACAAGUUGAGAAACUUGCUGAAGAAUUAAAAGGAAAAGGGCAAGAACUAACUGGUCUUUUAAAGGCCAGAGAGAAAGAGGUACAUGAUUUGGAAAUAAAGUUAACUGCCAUUACAACAAGUGAACAGCAUUAUUCAAAACAAGUUGAAGAUCUGAAAAUGGAGCUUGAAAAAGAGAAACUCAAGAAUAUGGAAUUAAUUGCAAACUGCAACAGACUUUCACUUGAGAACAAAAACUUUUUACAAGAAGCAAGUGAUAUGACCCUAGAACUCAAGGAACAUAAAGAAGAUAUUAAUAAUCUCAAAGAGCAAGAAGAAAUGAUGUUGAAACAAAUAGACAGUUUGGAAGAAAAGGAAACACAUUUAAGGAAUGAACUGGAAUCUACGAGAAAAGAACUAAUACAGAAAGAAGAUGAAGUUAAAUGUAAAUUGGACAAGAGUGAAGAAAAUGCCCGAAGUAUUGAAUGUGAAGUUUUAAAGAAAGAUAAACAAAUGAAGAUAUUAGAAAAUAAGUAUAAUAGUUUAAAGAAACAAGUUGAAAAUAAAAGCAAGUAUAUUGAAGAGCUUCACCGGGAGAAUAAGGCUUUGAAAAAAAAGAGUUCAGCAGAAAGCAAGCAACUGAGUGCUUAUGAGAUAAAGGUCAGUAAAUUAGAAUCAGAACUAGAAAGUGCCAAGCAAAAAUUUCAAGAAAUGACUGACAACUAUCAAAAAGAAAUUGAGGACAAAAAGAUAUCAGAAAAUAAUCUUUUGGGAGAGGUUGAGAAAGCCAAAGCAACAGUUGAUGAAGCAGUAAAAUUGCAGAAAGAAGUUGAUUUGCGGUGCCAGCAUAAAAUAGCUGAAAUGGUAGCACUUAUGGAAAAACAUAAGCAUCAAUAUGAUAAGAUUGUUGAAGAAAGAGACUCAGAAUUAGGACUUUAUAAAAGCAGAGAACAAGAACAGUCAUCAGUGAAGGCUUCUUUGGAGAAUGAAUUAUCUAAUAUCAAAAGUGAACUUGUGUCCCUUAAGAAGCAGCUUGAAAUAGAAAAGGAAGAAAAAGAAAAAUUAAGAAAAGUGGCAAAAGAAAACAUAGUUACUCUUAGAGAUAAAAAAGACAAGAAAAUACAGACGUCUUUACUGGAAAUGCCUGAAACUGCUUGUCGGAAAUUUGAAUCUAAAGCAACUCCUUCACAAAAUACAUCUCGAAAUUUCUCAUCCACUGAUUAUGGCAAAUCAAGAAAUAAUAACAACUAUCCAUUGAAAUCUACUAAAGGCAUCUUAUCUACAGCAGUAGUAAAGGAAUAUACAGUGAAGACACCAACUAAACUAAAAAUACAGCAAAGAGAAGACAAAUAUAUACCUACUGAGGAAAGUAAUAAAAGGAGAAGAACAGUCUUUGAUUUUGAUGUUAAUUCAGAUAGUUCAGAAGCUACUGAUCUCUUGAGCAUGGUUUCAGAGGAAGAGGCAGCAAAAAAACUUUAUGACAAUAAUAGUCCACCAAAUUCUCAUCUUUUGGUCAAAGCACCAAAACAGAUUCCUUUAUCUCUGUCAACUCCUACAUCUUUCGUGAAGUUUGGAUCUCUGAGAAAAGUGCCAGAGGACCGUUGGGCUUCAAUUACUAAAACUGAUAGGAGAAGAAGACUAAAGGAAGCAGAAAAAUUAUUUGCUUAA